CAAGAAGAACAGAAGAGUAAAGUAAGAAAGAGGAGAACAGAUUAAAACUGAUCUCCAAAGAUCCAACAUAACAUAAAACAGAACAGAAGAACGAGUAGACAAGAGUAAGAGCAAUUGGAACGAAAGAACAAGAGUGGAAAUAAAGAGAACAAGAACACAAAUCAAACCCGAAGAGAGAGAGAACAACAGAGCAAAUGAUAUAAGAGUAAGAGCGAUAGUGGAAAGGAAGAGAACAAGCUCGGAGGAGAGAGAAAUGAACAUAUCAGACACAUGAACAGAACAGAACCGCCAUUUAAAGACCCCACAAAGAACACAAGUCAGACCAGAGGAGCGAGAGAACAGAAGGGCGAGUGACAAGAGCGAGCGAGAGUCAAGAGUCGAGAGCGAGUUAGAGCGCAAGGCAAGAUGGCUGACCUCCUUCCAGAGUUCGAGCAACAGUUUGCCACAAUUACAGCUGACAUAACGUCCAAAAUCUGCCACAUUUCGUCCAGGGAAGGAGCUGAGAAGAGAACUCUAAUACAUGAUGUGGAGAAAUUGGUGGAAGAAGCAAAAGAGGUGCUGGAGAGGAUGGAGCUGGAGGUGCGAGACCUUGAGCCCCAGCAGAGAGAGCGAUCAGGGGGCCGUAUUAAGAGCUACGAAGUCGAACUGAAACGCUUGGAGGGGGAGUUUGUGCGUUCUAGGUCAUCCUCGAAUGAAGCUAGCAUGAGAUCAGAGCUCCUGGAGAGUGGGCAUGCAGGCCUUAGCACGGGAGAGGAACAGCGGCAGUCUCUUUUGGACAACGGAGAUGUCUUAGAACGCACGUCUAUGAAUCUAACGCAAGGUCACAAAAUAGCUCUGGAAACUGAACAUAUUGGAGCACAAAUCCUGAAUGACCUUCACAGCCAAAGACAAACUAUUAGUCGUGCUAGAGAGCGGUUGCGAGAAACGGAUACUGACCUGGACCAGAGUUCCCGCGUGCUCAAUACAAUGCUACGGAGAGUGUUGCAGAACAGAUUCAUCCUCAUCGCUGUAUUUGUUGUCCUCUUUAUUGUUAUAGUCAUUGCUAUAUAUGUAUCUUUUACGAGAGACUGAUAGCUCCUUGUUUAUUAUCAAAGAUGUUUCCACUAUAAUUUUAUGUAAACUCAUAUUGUAUUUUUCAGAAAUAUAUAUUAUACUCUUAAAA